UGUGGUGAUAAACAUAAGAAAAAAAUUACAGUUUUCUGUAAUUUUUGAUUUCGUUUUUUAAUCAAAUGUGAUACACUCGUUAUACUACAAAUGAUUCCAAUUACAUAAUGCGACUGUAAAGUGUUUCUAUUAACUUUCAUUGCCAUUGUCAUUUUCUAUCUUAAAUUAUACAUGCACACCAACGAUAUUUGCAAAUCACGUUCGUCAGUAAGCGCGCGAGUUAACUUUUAUUUUUGGCCGCGUCGUGCGAACACGUUUUCCGAAAUACGAUUUAAGAUGAAUUUGAACCGCCGCGUGUUGGUAACGUGCCCGCUGAUGUAACACGCGUUGUAAUGACGUAUGAGUAAAUAAAACAGCGGAAAACCAACGAUAAGAUAAUCACAAACAGUUUGUGUGCGAGUGAUAACCAUCAGAAUGACCACAGUUCAUCAAAAUCUGCCUCGGAAUGUUCCCAAUCCAAAGCAAAACUUACAGUUUGACAUCGCCGAAUACGCCCUUGCGGGCUCAGCGGCAGUAUGUGCCGGCCUUUUUACUAAUCCACUGGAAGUGAUGAAAGUGCGUAUGCAACUUCAGGGCGAGUUGCACGCACGUGGUAAACAUGCUGUUCAUUAUCGUCAUGUCUUCCAUGCCGGCUAUGUAAUCGCCAAACAUGAUGGGAUACUAGCACUACAAGCGGGACUUGCGCCUGCGCUGUGGUUUCAACUUUGUCUCAAUGGCUUCCGGUUGGGUAGCUAUCAAGUUAUCGACAACAGUGGGUUAAUUCGAGACGACAACGGACAAAUUAUAUUCUAUCGGAAUGUAGUUGCGGGUGGGUUGUGUGGAGCCACAGGGGCGUUCCUCGGCAGUCCUCUUUAUCUUAUUAAAACACAUCUGCAAGCACGAGCAGCUAGUGAAAUUGCAUUUGGACAUCAACAUCAACAUACAGGGAUGAUUCAUGCGUUUCGGACGAUUUGGAAAGAUGGCGGUGUUAGGGGAUUAUUCCGUGGGUCGACGUCAUCUCUGCCUCGCGCAUGUUGUGGUUCUAUGGCACAGUUGACGUCGUUUGCGUACUGCAAGCAGAUGCUUGCCAAACACGCGGCGUUCAAAGAUCGACCUAUUACGAUCGCGUUUGCGGCGAGUAUGGUCGGCGGCGUCAUCACCGCGUUCGCCAUGACGCCGUUUGACCUCAUCUCGACGCGGCUGUACAAUCAAGGUGUUGAUAAAAACGGGAAAGGCCUUCUUUAUCAGGGAUAUUUCGAUUGCGUAAGGAAAAUUCACAAUGCCGAAGGUGCGUUAGCGUUUUACAAAGGUUUCGGAGCGUGUUAUUUCCGCUUGGGACCGCAUACGGUUCUCACGUUAAUGUUCUGGGACACAUUUAAAGAUUACUACAAUCGAUAUGUGAGAUGAUCAUUUAAAAAAAAAAUGUUACCAUUGCCAAGUUAAACAUAUUAAGUACGAGUAGGUCGAGGUAUAUAUUUGUAAUGAAACAGAGACCAUUUAAUUUGUAUAAUAAUAUUAAUGAUGAAUUUAUUAUACAAAUAUAAUUUAUAUAUAAGGAAACCAAUGUUUUAUGAGCUAAUAAACAUUGAUAGUGAUAGUAAUAA